AUGUUUAACGGUGAAUUUCGAGAGUCACAGCAGCAGACGGUCACUCUAGAAGAGACCGAAGACGACAUGUCGGUGCGCAGCCUUGAAGCACUCAUUCAAUGGCUAUACCAACACACUGUCAACUUUGGAAUAGAAGACCCAGGAGAGCAUAUCUCAGCCGCCAUGGAGCUCGCAAGGCUUGCUGAUAAGUACAACAUUGUUGGGUUGGAAGAUACAAUGGCCCAAUACAUCAAGAACAUUUUGAAGUGCAACCCCUAUACACAGACCGCUAGACCUUUGCGACCUAUUGACCACAACACUCAUUAUCUCACACAUGAUCAUAUUAAAUCAGCAACCUUGCUGCCUAGAGGACAUCCAUUGCGAAGCGUUCUAGCUGCAGCAUCCGUCGAAGGCUUCCUCCAAGGUCCAAACCACAAGUUCAGCGAAGAGAUCCUCGACUAUCCUUCCUUCGGAGCUGACCUUCUCCAAGAGAUUGGGGUUGUUCUCAAUAAGGAGGAGUCGCUUCUAGCCUACGAUUUUGAAGAUCCUAUCAGCGGAGAAAGGUCAACGCUAAAUCCAAAAGCCGAUUGGUGGCUAGACUAG